AUGCCGUCCCCUUCAAGUGACAGCGACACGGCUCAACAGCCCACUUCUCCUGCUUCCUUGCCGAGGUACCGUGCCACAUUGAAUGUCAGUGCGCUGACAGACGAGCACUACAAUGAUAGUGGAGAACUUGAUGAGGAUAAGGAACAAGAUAUUUCCCUAAACUCGAAGAAGACCCUGGAUCCUCUCAUCUUGAACGGACACAGUUUAAACGAAGGCACUCUGGACAACUUGACGCAGGUCUUGGGAGAGUCCAAGAUCGAUUCUCAAGAGACCAUUGCGUCAGAACAGAAUACGAAUCCCGAUGAAGAGGAUGAUGACGAGGAGUUUGAGUUCGUGUCCAAGCCUCAGCCUGCAAAAGAAGCCAUAGAGAGCUCGCACUCAUCGGAAGAUUAUUACUCGAACGGAGUGGAAUCUGCUCAGAUAGUGUAUUUACAGCCUUCGGUUGUUCCUUCGAGUCCCAAGUUGGUCCUAGAGUCUCAUGAAAGACUUUCUGUCGCACCAUCGCGUUCCUCGGAUAGGAUAAACGACCUUAUCGACCAAUUUGCUGAUAGCAGAAGCAACCUCGGAAGCUCUCCUGCUCGCGCGAGUGAUUUUGAUAGUGCGGACGAAGACGGGAUAGACAAAGAGAAUGCUAUACCAGCAGAUACCACUCUGGAUGGUGAGGCCGAGGUAACAGAAGACACUCUUGAUGAAAGUGGGAUGCCCGGUUCUAGCACCACCGACCUAAGCGGGAACAGAACGACUCAAGAGACUUCCGAGCUUGAAUCUCCCGUUGAGGACACCUCGAAUACAGAGGUUCAAAGGUCGUCUUCCUCCAAAUCUUCGCCAGAUCCGGCUUUCGUGACUCCUACAAUUCCACAGCAGCAGCAUAUGGACGGUCGGAGUAGAGUAGGGUCUAUUUCCAAUGCAAUUUCGCCGAAAUUCAUGAGAACCACCAACACUGCAUCCACGCCGACCUCGGACCGCACAUAUACCCCUACCUCAAAGCUGAAGAAACGAACAAAAGUGUUCUCAAACUUUGUUUCCUCGCUGAAAUCUGCAUCAUCACCCUCAUCUGUUUCCUCGGCAUCCUCCAAGGCCAAUCUUAGGACGAUAUCUACGCCCUUUGAUGCAGUCCAUGUGAGACAUGUGGGAAUAGACGAUGAGACUGGAGAGUUCACGGGCCUGCCGAAGGAGUGGGAAAUCCUUUUGACAUCCAGUGGAAUAUCGAGGUCUGAACAGCAGAAGAAUCCUCAGGCAAUGGCCGAUAUCGUGGCUUUCUACAAGGAUAACAUGAAUCACGAUGUGGAAGAUCAGGCGUUGAGGAAGUUCGCUACUGAUAAAGUGAAUACUAGAUCUAGAGAUGAUUCAAGUACCUCCAGCUCGAUGAUAGAUAUACCUGGCGAUACCACCUCAGCUUCACCAAACUUGAGCUCUCGGAGCGACGCAUAUUCUGCGUCAACACCUCGCACGAGAGCUACAGAGAAUUUCCAAUUUGGUCAAUAUCCAAAGACUCCGACUCUCAACCAGGAACCCCAGCAGCAGCUCCAGCAGUCUUUACAAAGUCCUUUCAGCGGCGAUUAUGCUGAUGCGGGAGCAAAGAACUCGUUUAUACCGACUAGACCUCCGCCUGCUGUUCCCCAGCACCACAACCAACCAGAACAGCAACAGGUGCCUGUUCCUGCUAACUUUGUUCCGUCUACGCCAUCUCCAAGAAUGCCUCCGCCUCCUCCACCUAUGACUUCAUCUCCUUCAUCGCUGUUUGGCUCUCUAUCUAGAAGGAUCUCCUCCAAACGAAAAGAUAGCAUCAGCCAUCAACCCAUUCAAAUUUUGCAUCAUGCUCCAGGGAUUUCCAAUGCAGCGCCGCCUACUGUCGAUGCAGCACCGUCUUUACAUCCCCAAAGGCCUCCUCCACCAGUUCCAUCUGCUCCACCUCCCCCAAAGCCAUUGGAGCCUAUAGCACCACAGAGUGUGGCCAAGCAGGCUGUGGCUGAACCAGUGGCUGCCAGAAAAGAAGAGACUCCUCUUCCUCCAGUGCCAAAAAACGUUCCAAUCCGCGAUGCGAACCAAUCAAAACUCGCUUCUGACCGCAAGAGAGAGGAGAAAAAGAGACGUGACAAGCUUAUCCUGGCUAAACUCACCACUAUAUGCUCGUCCGGUGAUCCCUCUCUCAAAUACCAUAAUCUCAUCAAGAUUGGACAGGGUGCCUCGGGUGGUGUGUACACUGCAUACGAGCAAAACUCCAAUAUGUGCGUUGCUAUUAAACAGAUGAACCUGGAACAGCAGCCGAAGAAGGAGCUUAUCAUCAACGAGAUUCUAGUGAUGAAGGGCUCGAAGCACAAGAACAUCGUCAACUUCAUCGAUUCUUAUUUGCUGAGAACAGAUUUGUGGGUAGUCAUGGAAUACAUGGAGGGUGGUUCUCUUACUGAUAUUGUCACUCAUAGUGUGAUGUCGGAGCGCCAAAUUGGUGCUGUUUGCAGAGAGACCUUGUCAGGACUGAAGUUUUUGCAUUCGAAGGGUAUCAUUCAUAGAGAUAUCAAGUCUGACAACAUUCUUCUUUCUGUGGAUGGCAACAUUAAGAUUACCGAUUUCGGAUUCUGUGCGCAGAUCAAAGAGUACAACCUCAAGAGAACAACCAUGGUUGGAACUCCAUAUUGGAUGGCCCCAGAGAUUGUCGGCAAGAAAGAGUACGGCCCAAAGGUUGACAUUUGGUCUUUGGGUAUCAUGACUAUUGAAAUGAUUGAAGGUGAACCACCAUACCUGAAUGAGACUCCUCUAAGAGCGUUGUAUCUGAUCACAACCAACGGUACGCCAAAGUUGAACGACCCCGACAGCUUGUCCGAUGUACUCAAGAACUUUUUGCAAUGGACCCUGGAGGUGAAUCCAGACAAACGUGCUGAUUCCAUCCAGCUAUUGCAGGAUCCUUUCAUUCAGCAAGCUGAUGAUGUUUCUACGCUUGCACCAUUGGUGAAAUUGGCAAGAAUGCAAAAGGCUGCCGAACGUAAUGACGACGAUAGCGAUGCUGGUAUCUGA